ACCCCCUGGCCAGAUAUGCUCUUGAGUCUUCACCUCACUCCACCACGCACUCACUCAUCCGGCCCAACUCACCUCACUUCGCCCUCGGCUCAUAAAAUAUAAAAAGAAAACGAUGCAACGGCCUGUAUAAGCAGCAGGGUUCGAGAUUCUCAAGUCCGGCACGCGGAUGACCGCCGUGGCCCGGUCCUAAUCGCGGCGGCGGCCUUCACCGGAGAAGGCGCAACUUUUGAUCUCAGAGACGAGGUCUCAUCAACAACAUCCUCACGCACCCUCAACGCGCCGCAGACCACCAUGGCCGCCCUCGGCGCCAUCGCGCCGCUCCUCCUCCGCCCGGCACCCCUCUUCCUCGUCGCCGCGGCCCUCCGCCUCGCCCUCCUCCUCUACGGCAACUGGCAGGACGCCCACUCCGCCCUCAAGUACACCGACAUUGACUACCUCGUCUUUACCGACGCCGCGCGCUACCUCGUCUCCUCCUCCUCCUCCUCGCCCUCAUCGUCAUCAUCGUCGUCGUCCUCCGCUUUCGAUCCCUCAUCCCCCUACCAGCGCGACACGUACCGCUACACCCCUCUCCUCGCCUGGCUCCUCCUGCCCACCACCCUCUCCCCGCAAUGGCUCUUCUUCUCCUUUGGCAAGCUCGUCUUUGCCCUCGCUGACCUGCUCGCCGGCUGGCUCAUCCUACGCGUCCUCCUCUACGUCCCUCCCACCGCUCCCCUCCGCGGCGGCCAACGCAUCAUCGCCUCGUCAUCGCCAUCAUCAUCAUCGCAGUCGCCGCCGCCGCCGCCCAUGACCCUCGAGCGUGCCGGCGCCUUUGCCGCCCUCUGGCUCUGGAACCCCAUGGUCGCCACCAUCAGCACCCGCGGCAGCUCCGAGGGCCUCCUCGGCGUCCUCACCGUCGCCCUGCUGUGGGCCGUCCAGCGCCGGCGCGUCUCCCUCGCCGGCGCCCUGCUCGGCCUCGGCGUCCACUUCAAGAUCUAUCCCUUCAUCUACGCGCCCGCCAUCAUCUGGUGGAUGGACGACGAGCACAUGGGCGGCGGCGGCGGCGCGCCGACAUCACAACACACGCCGGCCAAGGGAGGCGCACGCAAGCAGACUCACUCGUCGGCGUCAGCGUCGUCGUCGGCGGGCGGCGCGGCGCUUCUGCUGCUGCUGCGCUUCGGCUCCCCCGCGAGGAUCCGCCUCGCCCUCGUCAGCCUCGCCACCUUCAUGGGCCUCAACCUCCUCAUGUACGCCGCCUACGGCCGCCCCUUUAUCGUGCACACCUUCCUACACCACCUCACGCGCAUCGACCACCGCCACAACUUUUCCCCCUACAACGUCCUGCUGUACCUCACCUCGGCCAGCAGCCCGUCGUCGUCGCCCGCGACCUCCGCCGCCUCCGCCGCCUCCGCUGCUGCCGCCUGGCACGUCGAGUCCCUCGCCUUCGUGCCCCAGCUGCUCCUCUCCUGCGUGCUCAUCCCCUUUGUCCUCGCCAAAAAGGACCUCGCCACCUCCAUGAUGGCCCAGACCUUUGCCUUUGUCACGUUUAACAAGGUCUGUACGUCGCAGUACUUUCUCUGGUACAUGAUCUUCCUGCCGCUGUACCUCCCUCGCUCCUCGCUCCUCCGUAGCCCGAAGCUGGGCGUCACGGCCCUCGUCCUCUGGGUCGCUUCGCAGGGCGCAUGGCUACAGCAGGGCUACCAGCUCGAGUUCCUCGGCAAGAGCACCUUCUUCCCGGGCCUCUGGCUCUCUUCCUUGGGCUUCUUUCUUGUCAACUGCUGGAUCUUGGGCAUCAUCAUCAGCGACGGCGUGGCACAACCAGGUAUCGAGACUUUAUCUAAAACACACGUCGAAUAGUCGACCACCCGCCGUGUAGCAUGAACGACUGCACGACACUGUAUCAUGCGAAUGUAACAAUACAUAUCACUCG